AUGGUGUUUCUUACAGCUGCUCUACUUGUUGGUUGUAUUCUCAACCUAUUUAACUAUCGUUGUCACGUGGUUACUCCAAACCAUUACUUUUUCAAAAUUGGCGAUAAUGUACUAUGCAUUGUUCUCUCCUUCUAUUUCAUAAGGAUGAGUGGACAUCUGUCACAGAAAACGAAGCGAAUGCAAAGACGAUUUCUCAUCUACCUUUGUAUACAGGUGGCUAUUCCCGCGCUAACUAUGCUGGUACCUGUACUGAUGUUGGUUUACGUCUUCGGAGCCUCCACAGAUGGAGGCCUUGGGAAUGUUGCUCUGGCAGUGAUUGGGUCCCACGGUUGUGUGUCAUCGCUAUCUGUGGUCAUGUGUAACGAACCGUACAGGAACUAUGCGACUGAACCUUUCAAAAAACGUAAGUUCCUAUAA